CUCUCUACGCUCCCAUUUUGUCUCUACGUUCUGACUUGAUUAGAGACGCAUUGGAUUCCCCGCUCUCUUCUCUUCCCAACUUCCACACACCCAUCCCCACUUAACGACCUUCCACAAAACGCGCCCUUUACACGCUCCCUAGUCACGAUGGCCGCCCCGAAGCAGGGCGGCUUUAAAAUGUCGCUGGGAGGCCUAAAAGCUAAACCCGGAUUGAAAGCUUCUCUUCUCCAAAAAGAGGCGAAGCGACCGCGCCUUGCGCUUGGCGACGACGAACCAGACGACUCGAUAAAACAACAAGAGAUCUCGGGAUGGGAUGCAGCAGAAGGAGGCGCGCUCGAUGCUAGUGGCAAGACCGAGAAGAAGGGACCGCGCAUCAUUCCAGCCCAGUCAAAUCGCAAUUGGCGCGAGGAGGCGCGACGGAAGCAGCUGGCAAGGGCAGCGCCGAAGCAGGCGCAGAAUGAAGCCACAGUGGGAAAUAUGGAGGAGCCGGAAGUACAGUACGGGCUCACGAUUGUGAAAAAGAAGGAGGAGCCGCAAGAGGACAUGACCACCUCUACCCCUGCGGAAUCUGGCGAACCCAUGGACAUCGACGAGAACGAUGGCCUUACCACAGAGCAGCGCCUCGAGAAGAAAGCACUGGACGCGCUGCUCAAUGGCAAAUCUACUGACGAGGAGCACGUAAUUCCCGUUCAAACCGAAGAAGAAAACUUGUACGACGAUCUCCGCGACGCGCCCGACGCACCCACGCUCGAAGCCUACGAAGCAACACCCAUUGAAGGCUUCGGCGCCGCACUUCUCCGUGGUAUGGGCUGGAAAGACGGCGAGGGCAUUGGGCGCAAUGGUACUGCGCCAAAGCCGAAGGAAGUCAAGCGACGACCUGCGCUACUCGGCAUUGGCGCGAAGGAGGAGGCUGCCACUGGCGUUGAGCUGGGCGAAUGGGGUAUCAAAGCCAAGGGCAAGGGGAAGAAGGCUACGCAGACAUACAAUCCAGUCACGCUGCGGAACAAGCACACAGGCGAGCUGAUCACGGAGGAGGAGUUGAAGGUUAAGCUGCAAAAUCAGGACAUGGUGCCAGAGGAGAAGCCAGAAAAGGCAAGGAGCAAAUAUGACGAGGACGAUGAGGACGAGCGAAGGCGAGAGAAGCGGCGAGCCAAAAGAGACGACGGAGAUCGGCGGCGCGACGACGACUACGAUAGCGAACGAAGACGCGACAAAAACCGAAAAGACGACCGUAGACGCGACAGAGAAAGCGACUACCAUGACAGCGACCGCCGACGAGACAAGCGCCGAGAAAAAGAUAGAGACGACGAUUAUGACAGCGAACGCCGCAGCUCCAAGCGAGACGGUCGUGACAGCCGAAAAGAUCGCGACAGGCGCGACCGCAGUCGUAGCCCUGACGACAGACGAGAAAAGAAACGAGACCGCUAUCGUAGCCGGAGUCGCGAUUCGGAAGACAGGCGUGAUAAGAGGCGUGAGCGGGAUCGGCGGGAGAGGAGCAGGAGUCGUGAUUCGGAGGAUCGGCGGAAGCGUACUAGGGAGAGGGAGUCUGGGUAUGAUGACGACCGGGUGGAGAGGAAGAGAAGAUAUGUGGAGGAGAAGAGCUACAGGAAAUGAAUGGGUCGUUUAUAGGAAGGAGAGGAUGGUGUUCUAUAGGACUGGAACUGGCAUUUACAGGCAUAUGAUUUAGAUUAAUGGAUAGAUAUGAUACCAAGUUGAAUACUCAGUCAUUGAGCCUUUUUAUCCUAUACAAUGCCC